AUGGCCCCGCUGAUUCUUCUACUUCAACUCAUCGUUUCUGCUUUGGUCUGCGCCUCUGACCUCCGCUUUUCGCUUUCCCAGGCUGGCGAAGCUGAGUCCUCCGUCCAUCAGCUUGCGCCACAUUCGCUUCAGGAACACAGCAACGCCCGCCCCACGCGACGGUACAUCGUGAUAACAGAAGCGCGCUCUGAUCCUCGCCAUCUUUUUCCGCCAGGCAAAUUACACGGUGCCUUCAUGGCGGGACAAAUACAGACCAGUGGUGAUCCUGUCGCGAUAUCGAACCCGCUCCCGGCGGCUACGACUUCUAUUCUCAGCGGUCCCUCCGAUCAGAUCUCAUACCUUAAAAAUUCCCCCAAGCCAGAAUCGCAUCUCAGUUCCAUUGCCAGUGCCGGUUUACGCACAUCCCCGUCUCCCGGCUUCGAAACUUCGGCUCCGGCAUCGACUACCAUUGGCAUGGCUAGCUCAACCACAGGUCAACCACCUGUGGCUGGGAAAGAACAGAAUGCACAACACCAUGACAGCCCACGUGUAGCUCGCGAAGCACUGAAUGCUGCUGUCGAUACUCGAAAAGAAGAUGCCGCGCCCAUACUUCUUAAUGAGCCCGCCGAUUCCAGCCCCAAGCCAGCCCAGGUGUCAGCCGAUGACAUGCAAGUAGAUUCAUAUACGAGCUCAGGUCAUUUUGCCGAGCCAUCUACUGGUGCUGAUGACCAAGCAAACCAGACCUUGAUGAACACGUCGACUGUGGCAAGUCCCGGCCCGAUUGAGGAAAUUGCUUCUCAGGAUGGUGAUAGACCACGCCAUCAGACCGAUCUGGCCGACGAUGCAACCAAGGCCUUCUCAUAUCCAAUGCCCGCAAAUAGUCCCUUGGACCCGCGUCGUGGUCUGAGCCUACCUCAUUCUGGGUUCCACAAAGGUAGUCCUCGUUCGCCAUCGACAAAGAAACAUCGAUGUCCUUAUUGUUCAACCGAAUUUACGCGCCACCAUAAUCUCAAGUCUCACCUUCUCACACAUAGUCAGGAGAAACCGUACGUAUGCCAAACGUGCAACUCGCGAUUCAGACGUCUCCAUGAUCUGAAACGACACACAAAACUGCACACUGGAGAACGCCCACAUAUUUGCGAUAAGUGCGGUCGCAGAUUUGCGCGCGGAGAUGCUCUAGCUCGCCAUAACAAAGGUCAAGGUGGAUGCGCUGGACGACGUUCAAGUAUGGGAAGUUACGCAGGCGAAGAAGAUUUCGGGGACGGAACUGUUGGAGCAGAGGACACUAUGGAUGGCCUUAUGUACACUGAACCCGAGCGAAUGGACGAAGAAGAGGAGCGUUGCCUUGGUAUACCAGGUAUACGUAAGCAUAAUAAUGUAUCUUCCGAGCCCAUGCCCCGCGCACCUGGCGUUUUCCAGAAUCGAGCACCAAGCACAUAUCCUCCAAUUGCUUCGACUCAACCGCCGCCGCCGCCUCCACCUCCUCGCGGUCUUUUCCCACCUCCGACAAACCAUGGGGGAUCAAGCUCUUCUACUUCGCCCAUCUCUACGAGUGGAACUAUGACCUUCCCUGCAACCGCGCAUUCAUCUACGCCCACCUCAUUUCCUGCUCCUAAUAUGACAGAAAGUCCCAGGCCUCUAUCGCCAAAUGCGCUUUCUACACAGGCCAGCCAUGGAGCGGAUACCACGGGGACUCUAUCUCAUCAGCCGCAUCGAUCUCAUUCACCCAGCCUGAGUCAACAAUAUCAACCGUCACAUUUCAGACAUGGUCAAGGUUCCUUAGGUCUUCCACCACCACAACUGCCGCCCCCGCCUGGACUCAAUGCUCCAGACUCAAGGUUCCUGCACAGUCAAGGAUCAGUGCAAAACGGUCCAACGUCCGCUUUGACUGCUAAGCACAGCGGUACACACAACCAUUCCAGCAGCCUAGGCGCGCCUUUAGCAUCUCAAGCAAAUAUCGAUCCGACAUCUAGCGGUGGUCCAGAAUCUAACGUCCAAGGGGAGUCUCGUGAAGAUAAGCUGUGGGCAUAUAUUCGAUCUGUACACGAAGAGGUUGGCACUCUCCGAGCAGAAGUGGCAUCUUUACGCUCGCAACUAGCCGCACAGAAUCAAGGGGCGAGUUCAGCACAGUCAGAAAAUACUGGUCCGCGAUGA